AUGAGUACAGUUAAAGACAUUUCUAAGGAAGUAGCACGUCAAGUUGUGAGCUCUGUCUUGCUUACUGAGGACACAGGCAAGAACCUUAUUCUUUGCCUUGAAAAUGAGGCUGAUGAAAUGGAAAAUUCUACUGAACCUCUGCUUAAGAGGCCUUGUUUGUCUUCAGAGGUUGAUUCAACUCCUUGCAUGCCAGCUGUUGCAUUUCCACUACAGGAAAUACAGCAGAGUUUUGAUUUAGUCUCAACCACAGCCACAGAAAUAGCAGAUAUAGAGCUUACUGUGGGAACUAUGAUGCCAUUACAGAUUUUGCAGAAUGAAAACCCAGAUGAAGUAUUUUCAUUGGUUAAUGAGGAACAGUCAACAGUUAGCAAAGCAUGUUCCACAGAUAAAGAAGUUAAGGAGGCUCUAACCAAUCAAGGACAUAAAUGGAAACAGGGAAUGUGGUCCAAGGAAGAAACAGAUAUUCUGAUGAGCAAUAUUGAAAGGUAUAUGGAAGAACAUGGUGUAGAGAAUCCUGCAGAAAUCAUUUUUAAGAUGUCAAAAGGUAAAAGAAAAGAUUUCUACAGGUCUAUAUCAUUGGGUCUGAAUCGACCUUUGUUUUCAGUUUAUAGAAGAGUUGUCCGAAUGUAUGAUGACAGAAACCAUGUGGGUAAGUACAGCCCUGAGGAAAUAGUGAAGCUCAAGGAGCUCUGGCAGAAAUAUGGCAAUGACUGGAUAACAAUAGGGGCCGCCAUGGGAAGGAGCCCGUCUUCGGUCAAAGACAGGUGCCGACUGAUUAAGGAUACUUGCAACACAGGGAAAUGGACCGAAGAAGAAGAACAGAUUCUUGGAGAUGUGGUUCAUGAAUUGACAUGCACCGAGGUGGAUGAGAAAGUCACUCAGGGUGUGUGUUGGGCAACAGUGGCUCAACGAGUGGGUACUCGCUCAGCAAAGCAGUGUCGUGCUAAAUGGCUCAACUAUCUGAACUGGAAACAGACUGGAGGUAUUGAGUGGACAAGGAAAGAUGAAGUCAAUCUCAUCCACAGGCUAGCAGAGCUUGAUGUAGUUGAUGAAAGUGAAAUUCGCUGGGAUGAUUUAGCUAAAGGAUGGGAAAGUGUUCGUUCACCACAAUGGCUACGAAGUAAAUGGUGGACCAUCAAAAGGCAAAUUACAAAUCAUAAGGAUUUUGCAUUCCCAGUCCUAGUAACAUGUCUUCAACAAGAAUAUGAAAGCCAGAAUGCCAGCCUCAGGUUCUGGGAGAAUAAAACGGAAUCUGAAAUAUUGGAUAGCAACCCAGAUGUCAGUGCUCAACAAGUCCCCUGUGGAGUCACAGAUAUAGAAGAUAGUAAUGCAUCUGUCUUUCCAGUCCCCACGACAGGACUGCAAAUUAAGUUCCAGCUAGUUCCCAGGCCAUUAGCAGACUUACCUGCUGCUCUUGUUAACUCUGAAACCAUAAAGCUGCCCCCUGGACCACAAUAG